AACGCUUUGAUCCUUCCCCUUUUACGUAGGAGAUCCACAGUAGUCUUGCAGAUAUCGAAGUGUAACAGAAAAAUGGAGUUCGUAAGAGACCACGUUUGGAGAGUCAGUAAUAAUUUUUGCAACACAUUUUACAAUUCUGAAUAAGAGCGCUUUCUGUACAAUGCGAUUUUAUUUUAUGAUUUGUGGAACAAGAAUACUUUAUAAUAAUAGCCUGAUAUAAGAUAAAUAUAGAAUUUAUAUUUACAACGUGAUCCAGUGUGGCGAGUUUGAUUUUUAAGCUUUUAAAAAGUGCAUACAAAUAAUUCGUGCACUUUUAAUUUUCGAAAUAAUAUACAGCUUGUCUUCGAUGCUAAUAUUAUGAUAACUUAUUCUUGUCAUAAACGUCGUAACUAAUACCAUUAAUCAUUAACGUGUGUGCUGUGUUUUAUGAACAUGGAGUCAUGCACAAGAGAGCGUUUGGUUUUGAAUGAAAAUGAAAAGGUCGUUUACACGUCUAAUGAAUUUAAUUUACUACCAUUUUACAUUGUAAAGCAGAACGUGAAUUAGUUCUACAAAUAAAAACAGAAAUGGAUAGGGAAACCUUUCAGUCGUGUUCAAGUAUAAGUAAGAUCUCCAGAAAAUCAUACGAGCAGUUCUUUUCCUCUCACUUUGUCGACUAUAUAGUAAAAAGGGAUUUUAGCUAUUCCAAGUUUUUUAAAAAUUACUUGCUUCCAAACCAUCCUUGUGUGUUUUCGACAAAAUUUACGGAAGACUGGAGCUGUAGGAAACACUGGGUCACUGAAGAAGGAAAACCAAAUUUCCAACGACUGCUGCAGGACUAUGGAGAUGCUCUGGUUCCUGUGGCAAAUUGCAAUGUGAAGGAAUACAAUGCCAAUCCAAAACAGAUUAUGCCCUUUAAAGACUAUGUUGCCUAUUGGAAAGAAUACAUUCAAAACGGACACUCAUCUAACAAGGGAUGCCUAUACCUCAAGGAUUGGCAUAUGGACAGGGAGUUUCCUGAGCAUAAUGUUUAUAGCACUCCAAUGUUUGCCACCUCAGACUGGCUGAAUGAGUACUGGGAUGCCAUUGAAGUGGAUGAUUACCGCUUUGUCUACAUGGGACCUGAAGGCUCAUGGACCCCCUUCCACGUGGAUGUCUUUUGCUCCUACAGCUGGUCAGCGAAUGUGUGUGGAAGGAAAAAGUGGCUUCUGUACCCUCCAGGACAGGAAGAAUAUCUUCGAGAUUGUCAUGGCAAGCUUGCUUAUGACAUCACUGCGCCCAUACUCCAGGACAAGAGGAAAUACCCUCAUUACGAGGAGGUCUGUAAGCCUCUGGAAAUCAUCCAGGAAGCGGGUGAAGUAAUCUUUGUGCCCAGUGGAUGGCAUCACCAGGUGUAUAAUUUAGAGGACACCAUCUCUAUUAAUCACAAUUGGCUCAAUGGCUGUAACUUGGACAUCAUGUGGCAGUUUCUUCAAGGGGAGUUGAGUGCUGUGCAGAAUGAGAUUGGAGAGUGGAAAAACACCAUGGACAAUUGGCACCAGCACUGCCAGGUGAUCAUGAAGUCAUGCAGUGGCAUUGACUACAGGGAGUUCUACACCUUCCUGAAGAUCAUUACAGAGAACCGUCUCACCUUCCUCAACUCCUGUGCAGGAAGCUCUUCCUCCAGCAGGCUGUCUGAGGCCUUGGCUGCUCUAGGUCCUUACCACGCAGCCUUUGAUCUGCAGCGAGUGGCACAUGUCUUGGAGUGUCUGCUCAGCAACGAAGACUUCAAGAGGCUGGACCCUGAUUCAUUGUCAUCACAGCCAGAAAACUUGCUACAGCAAAUCAAAGAGGCACUGGGAUCAGUACUGUGAUGAUACCCACUCAGAGAAAAAGACAGAUGCUGCAGGAUGCAACAUAUAAUGUUGCAGUUUUUCACUUGUGUUGAUUUCAUUUGUUGCACUGCCACUGUGGAUAUUUCAGUGUCUUGUGAAUUGGCACUGUUAAGUGUGACACAAGUAACCAAUUCUUUUUCUUCUUUUUACUGUGUGUGAUCCUAAGUCUCACUUCUGUUUCAUCUAUCAGUUGAAUCUGAACAAAAGCAGGUUACCUGCUUAUACAGGGUAAAAUAAAUCUAUCUGAAUAUAAAACA